AUGAAUGAGACCCGGUCUCUGACCUCAGGGAGCUCAAAGCCUGGUGGAAAAAAGACAAAUAAGCCAAAUAAAAUUCAGCCUGGUUCUGUGCUUUGUUCAAGGCAAGCACAUAGUCGAGGUGACAAAAGUCGAUCGGGACUGCUUGCCUUAGAUGGCUAUACGACUGAUGACAUUGAGUUUUACUGGAAUGGAGGAGAGGGAGCAGUAACCGGAGUUAAUAAAAUUGAGCUUCCUCAGUUUUCAAUUGUUGACUACAAGAUGGUGUCCAAGAAGGUGGAGUUUACAACAGGGGCAUAUCCACGACUGUCACUAAGUUUUCGUCUAAAGAGAAACAUUGGUUACUUCAUUUUGCAAACCUACAUGCCUUCCACACUGAUUACAAUUCUGUCCUGGGUGUCUUUUUGGAUCAACUAUGAUGCAUCUGCAGCCAGAGUUGCACUAGGAAUCACCACGGUGCUGACAAUGACAACCAUCAGCACUCACCUCAGGGAAACCCUGCCAAAGAUCCCUUAUGUCAAAGCGAUUGAUAUUUACCUGAUGGGCUGCUUUGUGUUUGUGUUCCUGGCUCUGCUGGAAUAUGCCUUUGUCAAUUACAUCUUCUUUGGAAAAGGCCCUCAGAAAAAGGGAGCUAGCAAACAAGACCAGAGCGCCAAUGAGAAGAACAAGCUGGAGAUGAAUAAAGUCCAGGUCGACGCCCACGGCAACAUUCUCCUCAGCACCCUGGAAAUCAGGAACGAGACGAGCGGCUCGGAAGUGCUGACGGGCCUGAGCGACCCCAAGGCCACCAUGUACUCGUACGACAGCGCCAGCAUCCAGUACCGCAAGCCGCUGAGCAGCCGCGAGGCGUACGGGCGCGCGCUGGACCGGCACGGCGCGCACAGCAAGGGGCGCAUCCGCAGGCGCGCCUCGCAGCUCAAAGUCAAAAUCCCCGACUUGACUGACGUGAAUUCCAUAGACAAGUGGUCCCGAAUGUUUUUCCCUAUCACCUUUUCUCUUUUUAACGUCGUUUAUUGGCUUUACUAUGUACACUAAGGUCUGUCCUCAUGGUUCGUAAACGACUCCUUUCCUCUUCUCUUGAUUUUUAACCCCACAGGUCCCCAGCAGCGAUCCUGCUGUGUUUUUUGAGGUAAGCGAUUCAGCCAUCCAAUUGGUUUUAGGUCUUGCAUAUCAGUUUUAUUACUGCACCAUGUUUACUUCAAAAAACAAAACAAAAAAAGAAAAACACUAUUUUUUUUCCAGUCUACUGUGGUCCAGGUUAUCAGCUCUUUCAGAGCUUUAUUAAUUGCCAUGUUUACAAACACACACACACACACACACACACACACACACACACACACAAAGAGAAGUUAGAUAGGUAGAUCUUUAGCGGUCCCUCCUAGUCGCCCGGGGUUUUACUGAUUUAUUUUUCACAUGAGAAUGAAAAGAGGACCUAGCUCUCUGUGUGCACUGCUUCCCGGUAACCUGUAACAAUCUCAUGCUGCCAACAAACAACACAAUUUCCAGGAUCUCAGAAGAAAAAACAAAGCCAUUGACAAGUUACAGAUUUCCAGGAAGAAGGGAAAACAAAAAGGAGUCUAGAAAAAGGAAGACUCCCCUCCACCCUCAAGUUCCCCCCAGCUCCCUUGUAGAAGGGU